AUGCCGUAUGUUGGUACCACUCUGUGGAGAGUGUAUCUGGGCAGGCAGAGACAGGUGGGCUCCAACCCCAAUGAAGUGGUCAGGCGGGUCCAGAAGAUCACCAUGCACCCCAGCUACAAUUGGGCAUUUGAGAACGACAUCGCUCUGGUGAUGCUGGACAGCCCCGUCUCCUUCACAGACUACAUCCAGCCCAUCUGUCUGGCUGACAACAGCAGCUCCUUCCUCAAUGGCACCAGCUGCUGGGUCACUGGCUGGGGCUACACAGCAGGAGAUGGUCUUGUCUUGCCCUUCCCAGGGAACCAGAACCUGCAGGACGUGCAGCUGCCCGUCAUUGGGAACAGGCAGUGCGGGUGCCUGAACGAUGUGGCGCUCGGAGCGAACAGCGUCACUGCCAACAUGAUCUGUGCCGGAGCGCUGCAGGCAGCCACCUGUCAUGGAGAAUCGGGGGGGCCCCUGGUCUGCAAGCAGGACUUCUUCUGGGUCCAAGCUGGCGUAGUGAGUGUCGGAGAGGGCUGUGUCCGUCCCAACCUCCCCGGGGUGUACACUAGGGUGUCCCAGUACCAGGACUGGAUUUCCGAACAGGUUGGGUCGGCCACUCCUGGCUUUGUGCCUUACACUUCGAGAGGCACGGACGCCGACAGCAAGUUCACUUGCAGCACGACACCCUCGGCAACGGCGGCAUCCACCAAUUAAUGGUGGCUGAUCGUCCACCUGCCCUCCGGAUAGACGCCAGAUUCCUCUGUGACUGUUCUGUACCCUGUUCUCAUGGCCAAGACUUCCUCUUGACUCCUGCUCAUGCCAGUAGGAUGCUGCUACUUCACUGAAAGAGCUUUAUAUUAAUAUAAAAACAUUGUAUUUCUACUGGUAAUUGGAGUACAAUAAUGGAACUAAUCAGUAUCUAAAAUCUGAAAUCACACAGUAUAUAUAUAUGUUGAAAUGUAUAUGGGUGUAUCAGUUGUAAUUAAAAAAUGUUAUACUGCAAU